AUGCACGCAUCAUUAUUGCACUCGCUGCACUCUUUGCUCUCACUUCACUCCUCUCGGCUUCACUCCUUCACUCCCCCGUUUCCUUCUCCCCUUCCUCCCUUCCUCUCUCUGUCCCGAUCUGCCCCCUUCUGGUCCCAGCAGGUCGCUCACACGGGAGUGGCAGUGGCGGGGGACAUGGAGUGCACAGGCAGCAGCUGCUCUCCACCCAACUCACCCACAGCUAACAGGUCGCUCACACGGGAGUGGCAGUGGCGGGGGACAUGGAGUGCACAGGCAGCAGCUGCUCUCCACCCAACCCACCAGCAGCUAAGUUCCUGCCCUGCCUCUCUACUCCCAUUCUCUCUUGUGUUCUUUGCUGCAUCUCCUGUUUCUUCUCGCUUCAAACGCAAGCCUCUGGUGGAGGGGAGGGGCGUGGGGGUCAACACCGACGCUCCCUCAUGCCCCUCCCCUGUGGCCGUGCAGGUGGCAGUGGUGGGAGGGGAGGGGGGCAGCACUCCACUCGGCUGGGAUGGGAUGGGAGAGUAUCGGGAUGGGUUGUCUGAACCGAGCCUGAGAGUGGGAGCACUGGAGCAAGGACAGGAGAGUCAAGUCCACCCUCUUACUCACCUCCUUCUCUCUCCCUUUUCCCUUCCCUCCCAGCAGCACCCUGCCUGGACCACAGUGGACUCCCCUCCUUCCGUUCAUCCCCCCCUCCCUUCCCGACCCCCUUCCCAGCAGCCCAAGGCAUCAUGGCGCUCUGCAUGGCUCUGGUAG